CUUCACGGCACCACAGAACAGCCAUGCCGGGCCGCCUGCUGCGCGGCCUCCGGCAGCGAUGGCGUCGUUACAAGUACCGCUUCGUACCCUGGAUCGCGCUGAACCUAAGCCACAACCCGAGGACCCUCCGAUACGUUCCAGAGGAAUCCAAAGACAAAGUUAUCUCAGAUGAAGAGGUCCUAGGAACAUUACUGAAAGUUUUCCAGGCUCUAUUCGUAAAUGAUUUCAAUAAACAAUCAGAUAUCUUGACUGUGUUUCCAGAACCUGUUAAAUCAAAAUAUCAAGACCUACUGUCAGUUCAGCAUCCAGGGGUGAAACAGCUUGAAUACAGACAUCAACAGCAAAAUACCUUUACACCAGAAGAAAUUCUUUAUAAGACAUUGGGUUUCAGUGUCACCCGAGCACCUAGCACAUUGAUUUCGGCUGGAAAAGGUGUCUUCGUUAACAAAGGAUUGGUACCAAAAGGCGCGGUUGUAUCUAUGUAUCCUGGUACAGUAUAUCAAAAGUACGAGCCAAUCUUUUUCCAGUCCAUUGGAAAUCCGUUUAUUUUUAGAUGCCUGGAUGGGGUACUCAUUGAUGGAAAUGACAAAGGAAUAUCAAAAGUCGUGUAUAGAUCUUGCAAUGGGAGGGAUCAACUUGGCCCUUUAAAAAUGAGUGAUAGUACAUGGCUAACGUCAGAAAUUCAUAAUCCACUGGCUGUAGGACAGUACGUCAACAAUUGUUCAAAUGACAGAGCAGCUAAUGUCUGUUAUCAGGAAUUUGAUGUGCCUGCAGUUUUCCCUAUAGAACUGAAGCAGUAUCUUCCAAACAUUGCGUACAGCUAUGACAAACAAAGUCCACUUCGAUGUGUCAUUCUUGUCGCACUCAGGGACAUCAAACAAGGAGAAGAGCUUUUUUCAAACUACUAUACAAUUGUCAGCUAACUGUAUGAAAUUAGGUUUUCUAUUCAGCUACUGAGUUAAUUCUAAAUGUUUUUGUUGUUUCUCUGAGUUCCACCUGCAGAGCAAAUAUUUUGAAACCUAAUUGGAGUGGGAACUUUUUAGUUUUUAUUGAUAUUUGUGUUUCAGUUCCAUCAUGAAAACUAUUUGCUUCAUUACAAUUUCAAAUUUGUAAUGCAAUUCCAGUGUUAAUUGGUUUUCACCUAAGUACACAGUAGUUUACUAAAUUAAAACCCACUGUCUGAACUUACAGUUUCAACUUUUCUUUUGUAUAUUUUGAUUAUCUCUGUGGUGGUUUAUCGAAUUUUAGCCAAGUCAUCAGCAAUUCUUGUACUAUUGAUGUGUACUAACUUCCAUAAAGACUUAAUUUUUCCAGAAUAUUCUAAAACCAAAAAUA